AUGGCUCGAGGAUCAAAAAGUUUGAAGAUUAUGGAGCUACUAGAAGCUCAUACUUCUUCACAUCAUGAAUCAACUGGGCAAGAAAAUGAUGCUAGUACACAAGAAAAACAGUCCCGACAUAGAGGAAAGACAGUAAUGGCAAAUGUCUGGACAUCAAUGGAAAAAUUUAUAAUUAAAGUAGAUAAAUAUGGAGUCCCCUGCACCAAAGAUGCUGCCACACUAAGUUCUUUCCUUGGUGUGCUUGCAAAGAAUGGCGCGUAUGCUCCAAUUAACAUUCCUAAUUGGAGACAUGAAGAUUUUACUCCAUACAAAGCGAAAUGUCUAAAACUCCUAAUGACAAAAUUUGAUUUUCCUCAUACACAAGAGACGGUUACAUGGAUUUUGCAAAAUCUAAACAAGAGAUGGCGAGAUUGGAAAGGUGACUUGAAGGCCGAAUUUUACAUUCCAAAAGAAAAAGAACGAGUUUUAGUGGAGCCACCUUCAACUGUUCUUGAAGAACAAUGGCCCGGCCUUGUUCGGCAGUGGUAUAACCCAAGAAAUGAGGAAAAUAAAAUGGGGAAAGAGCUGGAUCGUCUUAAAAUGUGUGAUGCAACUAAUAAAAAGAAAGAUAGUAGCUAUGUAAAUGAAGAAUUUAGAAAGAACUUCAUCAAUUCCAGUAUUGCAUUUGCAUUGGAAAAAAAAGAUAUGAUUGAUGGGAUAUGGAGGUUGAAGAUAUUGCAUCUGUUGACUGAUAUCACUGGACAAAAUCUAAACAUCAUGUGGCUCAAGAGAUUUUUGGAGAAUUCAUGUUUAAAGAUCAAGAGAGUUGAAGAUGAAGAUACAUGA